UGCUGGAAUCAUUACGGUCAUAUUGUGCAGUGACGUAGAGUCGUAUGUUCGUACUUUGGAGAAAAUAUAUUCCUGAACGGUUUAUUUAACAAAAUUAUUCAUUUACUUUGGUUGAAAUCGGUAACGAAUUGGUGUAAACUCGAGGCAAAGAAUAGUCGAGAGACAAGAAUUAAAAUUUUCCGCGAUAUUAAAGCGCCCCAUAAGCGUAACUAAUAUUUUUGAAUAUUAGCAUUGGAUAACUGCUGAAAGACCUGUCAAUUUCCCGAAGGCAGUGUGCGAUUUGUUUGUUUUUGAUUUAUCCACAUUUAUUUCCCGAGUCAAUUUGCGAUUGACUUAACAAAGAGAUACGAAAUCUUUGUCUAAUUUGCGAACUGGCAUUGCGCACCCCAAAGGAGGGGAAACAAAAUCUUAUAUGACUUUUGAAAGAUUCGGUGAAACACCAGUAAAAAAAACCGCACGUCUUAUUGUAAAAAAACGGAGUAAAGGGUUCGAGCUGUGCAUGAAUUCAAAAGGGCGAACUAUAAGUCACCGGACUUCGAGUAACAGACAUCGGAAGUUACAGCCAUUCAGGUACACAUGAGCCUGCUGUUUUGCCAUUUUUUUAUUAAAGACUUAAACUGAAUUUACAACAAAUUUGAGUACUACACCGUUGUUUGAAUUUCGAAUAAAGCACAAUUAAUUCGCUGUUCCGGAAGGAUACAACAGAUUCAUGCUUAUUGUCGCCACAUUUCAAUAA